AGUGACAACAAGCAGGGGAAAUUGGUGUGUGCUAGGGGAUUUUAAUGCAGUAAAGUCACAACAUGAAAGGGUGGGGAGUAGUGGAAAUAUAAGAGAAAUGAGGGAGUUCAAGCAGUUUAUACAUGACUCCGGUUUAGUAGAUCUACCCCUGGUUGGAAGAAAAUUCACAUGCUAUAACUCAAAUGGUACUGCUAUAAGCAGGCUGGAUAGAAUUUUGUUGUCUGAAGAAUGGUUGUUAAACUGGGAGGAUGUGACACAGUGGGGAUUAAAGAGAACAAUAUCAGAUCAUUGUGCAGUGAUAUUGAAAAAUGAGAAGGUUGAUUGGGGCCCUAAACCUUUUAGACUGUUUGAUGUGUGGAUGGAGAAACCGGGAUUCAGGGAAUUGGUGGAGGAAACUUGGCAAUUGACUAAGGUACAGGGAUGGAAAGGCUUCUGUUUAAAAGAAAAAUUGAAAAAGUUGAAGAAUGCCUUGAAAAGCUGGAGUCACAACUAUAUGGAGGAGGUUGAUAAGAAGAUAGCCAAUGCAGAACAGAUCAUAGUAGAUUUAGAUAAGAAAGGAGAGGGACAACAACUUUCAAAAGAAGAGAUAGAAGAAAGGAGGGAGGGAUUUGCAGAACUAUGGAAAAACACAAGAAUAAAAAACAGAAUGUGGCAACAGAAAGCAAGGAGGACAUGGCUAUGGGAGGGAGAUGCAAACACAGCAUUCUAUCACAAAUGCUUUCAAAACAGAAAGAGAAGGAAUGAAAUAAAUAGCAUCCUGGUCAAUGGCAGGCAGUGUGAGGAGGUAGCAGUGGUUAAAGAGGAGAUUGCAAAGCAUUUUCAAAACUUAUUCACGGAAGAAAUGUGGAGCAGACCGAAGUUGGAAAAUAUGAGUUUUGAGCAAAUCUCUGAGGCACAAAAUUGUUUCCUUAUAGCUCCAUUCACUGAGGAGGAGAUUAGAGCAGCAGUGUGGGAUUGUGACAGCUCAAAGGCACCAGGGCCUGAUGGUCUCAACUUCAGGUUUGUAAAAUUAUUCUGGGGGACGAUAAAAAAGGAGAUAAUGGAAUUUAUUCAAGAGUUCCAUGAUACGGGCAGGUUGGUGAAGGGUGCAAAUGAAUCUUUUGUAGUUCUAAUCCCAAAAGUCAAUGAUCCUGAAAAAAUAGAAGAAUACAGGCUUAUCUCAUUAAUCAGGGUGAUGUAUAAAAUCUUGUCAAAACUCCUAUCAAACAGAUUGAGAAAGGUGUUAGAUGGAGUAAUUGGAGACACCCAAAUGGCUUUUAUUGUAGGAAGAUAGUUACCAGAAAGUGUUGUGAUUGCAAAUGAAGUGCUGGAUGAGGUAAAGAACAAGAAACGAAAAAGCUUCUUUUUUAAGGCAGACUUUGAAAAGGCAUAUGACAAUGUCUGUUGGAACUUCCUAGACUCAAUGAUGAACAAAAUGGGGUUUAGUGAAAAAUGGAGGAAAUGGAUCCAGGAAUGCUUGAAAACUGCAUCAAUAUCUGUGCUAAUAAAUGGUAGCCCCUCAC